AUGGUGUUCUAAGUACAGAAAUAAGGGGUGGAAAUUUACGUCAUGGCCAACAAGAAGAAAACCAUAGGAAGGACGAACAAGAAAAAAUUGACAACCAACAAACGAGUUAACGAGCAGCCAAGAGUGACGGUAACAUACAAAAAAUUUCGUUUAACUACAACAGCUGCAGCGUCAUGUAAUAGGUUGGUCGCAAAGCUGGAGAAAUUCCAACAGCCGAUUAAAUCUAAAGAAAAUCCCAAGAUCAUGGUCAUCUCCGGCGACGAUCACGUGUUGGACGUGCUACUAGACCGGCUGGCGCCUCUCACGGCCCACACCACCGAAAACCUGGAAAAGAUACGGAGAAUAGCGCACAAGAUCAACGGCCGGGUCAACAAUUCCGAUAAAAAUGUCAAAGCUAAAUCAUUGAAUAUUCUUCGAAAAACUAAAUCAGAGCGAAUGGUGGAUAUCGUGAAAUUAUUUGAAAAAACUAGAGAUAAAUCUACAUGUACGAAUUUAGCAGCUGUAAUACAUGCUUGCAUUGCACCAAAAUCCGGUCAAACUAGAAAAUCAUUUUUGAAACAACUGGUAGAAAUUGAAGCAACAAAAAUAUUUAUUAAGUCAAUAAUGGAUUUGCAAUCAAAGUCUGUAGGAUCGCCUGAUGUACUUCUCAACGAAUUAGUGUUUAUUCUUGGACAACUCUCACAAAAAGAUAGCAAAUUUUCAAAACAUACCGAAAUGUUGAAUGCAUCAAAAAUGUUUCAUCAAAAUUUAAAAAACAACAUUAAAAAUGUUAAAUUUAUCUCUCCAUUAUUGAAGUGCUUUAAAACCAUUACGAAAAACGAAACCAUCGUUGGCGUGCUUCUCAGGGAUAGUUUUUUGCUAACCUUAGAAAAACUUAUAAGGGAAAACAAUAAGUAUUUAAUUAAAAACAAACAAUAUGUGAUUCUUGUAAUUUUAGCAAACAUUACAAAAAAAGUUUCUGAAGAGAACUGCGAUAGAGUUAUACGUGCUGGACUCAUGCAAUACGCCUUGGACGUGUUCAAUAUAAAACUUUACACUGCCAAUAAAGCUCAUCCUAAAAUAUUUUCAUCCGCAUUAGAUGUGCUCGUUCACAUCUCCAACACUAAUAAUGGACGGACAGCACUGAGAAAGUCUAACAAAUUUAAUGUGUUGUACCAAUUUAGCGUUCGCUGCCCGGAAGACCAGGUGUAUAAUUCUACUAUGUCAAAAUUGUGUACAGUUAUUAAUGUAUGCCAAGAGAAAUUAUUACUCUUACCUUUAAGUUCAACACAAUCGGCACUUGCCUUUGGUAUAGGAGAUAUAAACCUCAACGAUAGUGAUUCAGAUAAAUAUGCAGGCUGUGACAGUGACGACAGCGAUAUAGAUGACAUUGAAAUAGCUGUAGUCCAAAAUUUGAUGGAUCCUUUAAUCAUCCGAAAACCCGAUUCAGUGAAAUUCGAAAUACCCUUCAACUAUUGGAAAGAUCGUGACGACCUCAUAUCAACGUAUGGACGUUUAUUUGUAGAAUUCAACAACGAAACGCCAAAAAAUAAUUCAGCCAACAAACUUAAGUCGAAUAAAUAUUUAAAUAGAACCAACACAUCACUAUUAACUGACCAUCAUUUCAAUACGGACAAAAACGAUAUUGGAUUGAUGGCCAACUUGCGGACGUGUCAAACACAUAAGGCGGCGUAUUUGAGCAUAGCAAAACGCGUCAACAGCGUCUCUCCCUUCGUUAAAGUCGCCUAUCCUGAUUGGAUAGGGUUCAAUAACGACGAACAACCAAUGGAGUCCUUGUACAAUAGCGACGUACACGUUUCCCGCAACAAAUUGUUAUCGUGCUUAGAGCGUAGCGUGUCCAAACGACGAGACUCUGGCGAUAUGAUCGUGUACGAUUUAGAUUAUUUAUUGGAAAGUGUUAACGACGCUUGCAAUUCUUCACAGCAGUUAUCAAAUUACGAUGAGCGAAAUUUAGGUGCAAAAUCGGGGUUCGAUUACUUACACUUUGAGUCUCGUUUCGAAUGUGGCAAUCUUCGGAAAGCUAUCAAGAUUGGUUCCAACGAGUAUGAUUUGAUUUUGAAUUCUGACGUGAAUUCAAUGUCACAUAGCCAAUGGUUUUACUUUCAAGUAUCCAACAUGGAGGCGGCCAAGCCAUACGUAUUUAAUAUAGUGAACAUGGAGAAACACAACUCUCAGUACAAAACUGGCAUGCAGCCGAUCAUGUUUUCGGUGAAGGACUAUGCCGAGUUCAAGAAAGGCUGGACACGCACCGGGAUGGACAUUUGUUACUACCGGAAUUGUUACAAGAACUGCAACAAGUCCCACGGCUCUUACAUGACCGCCACUUUUUCAAUUCAAUUCCCAUACGACAGAGACAUAUGUUACAUAGCAUACGUUUAUCCGUAUACAUAUUCAAAGUUGUUGUACAAAUGCUUCAGAUGGAAAAACUCAGUCGAUCCGGCUACUACAUUAUUCCGUGCAAACUGCUUGUGCCGAUCAUUGAAUAACAACGAAGUGCCAAUUAUCACGAUUACCUCUGUUGAAAACAACGAAAAAAAAAUUAAAGAUCGACAUAUUAUAUACUUGACAUCUCGUGUGCAUCCCGGCGAGACAAGUUCGUCUUGGGUAAUCGACGGUGUGAUCGACUACCUUUGUGGAAGCACACUCACCGCCAAAAAGGCACGGGACACUUACGUGUUUAAGAUUGUGCCUAUGCUCAACAUAGAAGGCGUCAUCAACGGAUGCCACCGAUGCGGUUUAACCAACGAAGACCUGAACAGAAAAUGGAGUUCACCCGACCCAAAACUGCAUCCAGAAAUAUUUCAUGCUCGGGGGAUUUUGGAAUACAUGACACACGUAAUGAAAAAGGUUCCCUAUGUGUAUUGUGAUUUCCAUGGCCAUUCAAACACUAAAAAUUGUUUUUUUUAUGGAUGCUCGGCAAAAAAAAGUUGGUCAAGAAUGGACUUGUCUAAGUAUGAAAAUGAAACGGAUUUCAUGGUAUUACCGAUUGUAAUGCAAAACUGUUGUCCAUCGUUCUCGUUAUCACAGUGUAAUUACAAAGUAGAAAGAAAUCGUGAAACCACUGCAAGAAUAACGGUUUGGAGAAGCUAUGGUGUAAAAAGGAGUUAUACUUUGGAGACAAGUUAUUGUGGUUGUGACGAAGGACAAUACAAAGGUUUUCAUUUAGGGAUAAGGCAACUCAGAGAGAUUGGGUCGACUUUCUGCAUGUCCCUUUCUUCGUUAGAAGAAGAAACGAAAAAGAGAGCGAGUUUACCCGCCAGCAAUCGAUUAUCCACAAUAACAGCGAGUUCCAGUUCAAAGUCUAUGGAUUUUGUAGACGAAGAACAGUCAGACUCAGAUUGAAAACUGCCUAUAAGAAAGUAAUCGACUUUAAUUAACAAAUUAAAUAAAUCCUAUUUAAAUUUAAAUUUAAUUUGUUUCUGUUUAUUGUACAAUUGUUUUAGUUUUUUAAAAAAAAAAAAAACAAUGACUUUGUUACGCUCCUUAAUUUUUUACUAUUUAUAACAUUUAUUCACUAUUGUAUAAGAGCCAAUCUAUACGCGGCCAAACACGGCGCUAAAUCGCUUAAAAUAUUUAUUUUGUACUGAUUUGUUAACAAAUAAUUUUUUUUCUUAAGAAUUGUGUGUUUUCCAUAAGUUUUCCAUAAUCAUUAAAAAAAAAAAAUAAUCGAUAUAAGUUUAGAAAUUAUAAAACAAAUUACAAUUAAACACACAGUAUAAACGGUACAUUUUAUUAUUAAUUAUUUAAUUAUAACACUAUCAUGUCAAAUUAAAACCUAUCAUAAUACUUAAUAGGUAUGUUUUUUUUUAAUCAAUAGGUGACCAAUUUAAUUUUGACAAAUUGAUGAAGUUUUUUUUACAAAUAUCUGUAUAUAAUUGUUUUGGAAAUUAUUAAAAAAAAAACCUAAUUUUAUCAUAUUCUAAUUAUUUUAAUAUUUUAAUUAUUUCUUUUUCUAUCAAUACGACAAUACCUACCUAUUCAUAUUUUACAUUAUACAAUACUACCAAUAUAAUUUUUACAAAUAAAUUUUACUAGUAAAGUUAUAAAAAAAAACCGUACAUGGUAUACACUAGUCACAUAAAAAUACGAAUACCUAUGAAAUAAUUUAUACAGAAGUACUGAACAUGAAAACUGAAUAUUAAAAUUAAGUUUUUGAAUACCUAAUUAACUGUAAUAAUUAUAACAUAAAUCAUACUAAAUUGUUAUUAUAAUCAUAACUGAAUUGUAUGCAUAACUAUAAACCUGUACAUAUUAUAAUGUUUACCUUAUUUUAAAUUUAAGUUCAUAAAUUGUCAAUGCAUUUUAAUUGUACUUAACCUAUAAUCUUUAGAACGCUGUUACUGAAAUAUUUACUUAGUAGGUACAACAAGUGUUUUGAUUUUUAAUAUUUAUAUUAUGUACCUACCAAUCGUCCUAUGUCCAACGCUCCAAUGCUAACCUAGAGUUUAAUAUGUUGUAUUUUUAAGUAUUAAAUUUUAAAACGAGCCAGUAACUCUAUUCAUUUUACAAGAAAUGUAUUUAUAAUUUUAUAUGUUAUAUUAUGUGUUAAACUAUAUAUUUUACUAAGUACAUUGGUGAUUGGGUAUUUAAUAAACUUAAACUUAAAUAUGUUCACCAAAUUUGGACAGCGAGGGGGGGGGGGGUAGACAUAAAAAAAAGUAAUACAUUAACAGCCCAUGUUUGAACUACUUAUUUUUAUUUUGAAAAAAAAAAUAAUACGAAAUAAUAUACCUACUAUACAGUCUACGAAUAUAAUACAGGCUGUAACAGACAGGCCUGACAAAUGAAAAAUGAAAAAUUGAUAAAACGUACAAGUUAAACGUAUGAAAAAAAUAUUGAAAUUAUAUGGAUAGUAAACGAUUUGGGAUUUACUUAUAUCUGAAAUAUCCCAAAAAUAAUAUUUUGAUAAAAGUGGAUAAGAUUCAAAUUAAUUUACUCGAAAUAAAUAAUUAGUAUUUAAAUAAUGUAAAACAUAAACUACUUAGCGUGAAUAAACGUUUUUAACAUAAACAUUUUUUUUUAAAUUAGAGCUACAAAUUGGUGAUUUUUAUUAAAAAAUAAACAUAUACCUAACAUUUUAUACUGUACGAACGUAUAUAAACUGUUUUUAAAAAAAUAAUUUUAAUCAUUGAUUUAGAACAAAAGUAACUUCAUUUGUCAGGUUUUUCUGUUACACAUUGUAUGCCUAUUGGUUAUUAGACAUGGACGUGCUCAAUGGUGGGGGGGGGGGGUUAUUGGGUUCCAUAGUUCCCCCUAUGGACACGUUACGAAUAUAAUAUAUAUAUACUUACAUAUAAUUAUAAUAUUUUUAUUGGGAACAAAUCUAGCUUAGCACCCACGCUAAUGUUUCAAUUUUAUUUUUUCGAAACCUAUAUAUUACAAUGAGUUAAAAAGAACUAUUUUGCAAAAAUGAAUUGCCGAAAAUCAUUAGUUUUUAAGUUAUGGUGACGUGAAAACUAUAAAAGUAAUUAAAAGUAAAUUAUAAUCAUUAAUCAACUAUAACGAGAACUCAUAACUAUAAAUAUAAAGAGAAGCGUCUGUAAAUGGAAUAGAGCAGUAAAAAGCCCGAACAGGGUUUAGAUUAGGAAUUAGAAUAAUAGAAUUGAAUAAAGACAUAAAGUUUUAUCGUACCUUAAUAUUACGUACCUAUCUAUAAUUACAAGAAGACAAAACUGAAUAUUAAAGUAUGCAACUCUUAAGUUAAAAUACGCGUUAGACCGAUAAUUACAGUAAAAAAAUAUAUUAUAACAAUAUUAAAAACCAUUAAGUAGAUAUACCUACCUACCUCAGCUAUAACUAGGUACUUCAAUGCGUAAACUAAAUAUUUAAUAUAUUCAUAAAUCAAAACACCAAUCAACACUAUAAUGUCAUAUACCUACCUAUAAGUAAAAAUAGUAAUAUACAUACCUAUAUGAAUAAUGAAUGUGUUCUAUGCCUUUAUAUCUAUUAAAUAGCAUUUUUUAAAGUAGCGAGUUAAAAAUAAUAUACUGAUCAUUUAAUAAUUGAUACAUUUACACUGAUACAUUGAUACAUUGCUAUUUUAUAACAAUCUUAUGCUUUUAUAGAAAUUACAAAAAUGUUCUAUUAAAUAAUUAUAUCUCGAUGCGUAUUAUAUAGUUUAAUUAUUUGUUGAAAUCAGUGUUUGUUAAAAUAAGCAAUAUGCGAUAGUAUAAAAUGUUUUGUUGUAAGAAAAACAGAUUGCAAUUUUUUACUAUCUAUACUAAUUUGUAUUUAUUACAUUGACAUU